UCAUUCAAGAUCUAUGCAUUUUCACACUCAAUUUAUAUUUUUCUUACUCGUGGUAUUUGCACUUGCUAGUUAUUUCAUUUUUGUUGAGGAAAUCGACAACUCAGACGUAACUAUUUUAAAUUCUACAUAUCAAUGUCACAUCCAGCCAUGGAAUUUCGUGAACACCCAAUCAACAGAUACAUCCUAUUUAAAUCGAUUCUCAAAAUGGCUUUGGAUCAAAUUUUACUUACCCGUUGAGAAUCUCCACAACAACACGGAAAUAUCAAUACUUGCUGCAUAUGUAUACCCAGAUCAUAUUUCAAUUACUCUCAUAACCCAACAUUCCAUCAAAAAACAGUUGUACUGUAGAUAUUACGACUGUAAAAGGAAUGAAAUACGUGGCAGUGCAUGGUUGGGUACGGUAUUCCCUGAAUCCGUGAUACAGUGUCCAAGAAGAAUUGGAGCAGAAUUUGUGUCUGUUUCGGAGAAUUUGGAGAAGGAAAGUGACAUUACUCCGGUUGGAUUGACUUUCAGGGUUUUUGAAGAACCAAUACAUGAAUUAUCAGUAUGUGUGGCUCCAAUGUAUGGAAAUGAGCCAAGUUGGCUGCCAAUUAUCGAUUUUGUGGAACAUAAUAAGUUGGAAGGCGCCUCCUAUUUUUACUUUUAUGUUGGAGAAAUCAGAGACUACGACCAGAAAAUAUUGGAUGAUUAUGUUCGAACCGGUGACAUAGAGUUAGUGAAACUUCAGGAUAAAUAUCAUCGAGUUUUCAUUGCGUGGCACCUUUUGCAGAUUCAGGACUGUCACCUGCGCAGCGCCUACCAUUCCAAAUGGACCGCAUUCAUAGAUUUGGAUGAGAGACUAUCUACAAAUGGACCAGGAACAAUGAUUGAUGUAUUACGAUCAAUUCAAGAUUCAUCUGUUGGAGAAGUUCAGCUACAAAGUACAACUAUAGUUAAAGAUCAGGAUUAUCCUGAUAAAUAUGAGAAUAUAGAGCAAUUAGAGCAAGAAUUGAUAUUUAAAAAAUAUAAUGAAACAGUUAAAAAGACAAUGUCAGGCACAAAACCUAUAAUUAAAUCCGAAAAGAUAGGAUUAAUGUCUAUUCAUCAAGCAAGUGCCAAGUAUUUUGGAGUCAAAACGUUGUUAUUAAAUAUUACUGUGGCAAGUGUGAGACAUUUACGAAGUGUGAAACACCGAAUCUCUGGAUCAGACUGGAAUAAGAUGCCUGAUGAAACUGGAAAUCCUAUAGAAUUUGUGACACGCCCACUUCCAGACGAAUUUUCUGGAAAAUUGAGAGAAGCAGUUGUGAAACGAGUAUUGCAUGUAUAUGAAACAAUUCCAGUUAAUUGUUUAACUAUUCCACAGACAUUGGUAGACGGUCUACGACAUCCGAACCCUUGCAAAGCACCUUGGCCCGAGUUUUGA